CGUUACAGCAAUAAAACCCGAGAAAAAAAGGAUAUCAUUAUUAAAACGCGUGAAUACGAAAGACUGCCACUUUAAGUUCAAGAUGGUUGACCUUAAUUUGUGUUAAUUAGUUUCCGAACGAAGAAGAUAAAACCAACGCAACAAAGAACUUCAGAUUCAUAUUUCUGAUCUGCGAAUUCACCGAAACCCUCGUCGCCGUCACCAUGGAACACAGAACGCUGGAACUCAGCCUCGGAUCGGCGAAGGAUCUGAAAAACGUGAAUCUCUUUUCCAGGAUGGACGUGUACGCCGUCGUUUCGCUCUCCGGCGUCCAAAAGAUCAAGACUCCCGUCGACAGAAACGGCGGCACCAACCCCGCGUGGAAAGUUACCGAGAAGUUCACCAUCGACGAAUCGCUGGCGCGGCAGAAUCGCUUGACCCUCGAAAUCAAGCUCCGCUGCGAGCGCAACCUAUCCGCCGACAAAGAAAUCGGCCAGGUCCUCGUCCCCAUCAGGGAGCUCCUCGACCAACCCGGUGAUGGAAAAUCCUUCCAGCAUGUCAGUUACCAGGUCAGAAAACCCUCCGGCAAACCCAAAGGAUCUUUUAGUUUUUCUUACAGAUUUAGCGAAAAAUUCACUGAGCCCGCGAUAUCGUCAGCGCCGUCAGCGCCUGUGAUUUCGCCUGCUCCCAAGACGGAGCCGGUGACGGCUUAUCCUGCUCCCGCGGUGGGGUCCACUUCUGCCUCGUAUCCCGUCGUGUAUCCUCCUCCCCCGCAGCCACAAUAUGCGGGCGGAUAUGGGUACCCUCCGCCGCCACAAGCGGCAUAUGGGUACGCUCCACAAGCGGCUUACGGGUACGCGCCGCAACCCGGGUACGGUUACCCUCCUGCUCCUGCUCCUGCUCAAGGAGCUCGGAAGAACAAAUUUGGAAUGGGAUUGGGAGCGGGUUUGCUUGGCGGAGCGUUGGGUGGGCUUCUGAUCGGAGACAUGAUAUCUGAUGUGGGUUCUUACGAUGCUGGCUAUGAUGCUGGUUUUGGAGAUGCCGGUGGAUUUGAUUUUUAAUCCUUUGUUUCUUUGGAGUACAUAGUUUUUCUUAGUAUGUGAACCUUGAAUAUGGUUUUGCAACACUAUACUCUGUUUUGUUACUUCUAGUUUCCGGGACAGGUGGCGUGUUCUUUAUGUAAUUGUUGAAGUUUUUGGUUACGUAAUGUAUGCUUCACGUCUAUCUCUGCUUUUUAA